CUGGCUCAGCGGAAAAUGGGCGGGGAACGCGCCAAUUUUAACGCUAGAAUCUCGUCCCGCCAAGGAAGGAGAACCGAAGGAAGUCUUUGUCGCCCUGCUAACUCGCAAUGCCGGCUGAUCUGAGCGUGCAGGAGAACCCUGCGCCGCCCCAGGAAAAGCCCCUCGCCGCCUCUGGCUCCUGCCCAUGCCAUGGAGAGGUUCAGUAUCUCCAGCAAGUCGAGCAGAUCCUGCGGUUCGGACACAAAAAGGAGGAUCGGACCGGGACGGGGACGCUGUCCAUCUUCGGGAUGCAGGCGCGGUACAACCUCCGAGAUGAUUUUCCAUUGCUAACAACCAAAAGAGUAUUCUGGAAGGGAGUACUUGAAGAACUACUUUGGUUUAUCAAGGGUUCUACAAAUGCAAAAGAGCUUUCUGCUAAGGGAGUUAAGAUUUGGGAUGCCAAUGGUUCUCGGGAAUUCUUAGACAAACAGGGUUUUUUUUCUAGAGAGGAAGGAGACCUAGGUCCUGUUUAUGGCUUCCAAUGGAGACAUUUUGGAGCUGAGUACAAAGAUAUGAAUACUGAUUACACAGGACAAGGAGUAGACCAACUACAGCAAGUAAUUGAUACAAUCAGAAACAAUCCAGAUAGCAGAAGAAUUAUAAUGUGUGCAUGGAAUCCUAAAGAUAUCUCUGUAAUGGCCUUACCUCCAUGUCAUGCUCUCUGCCAGUUUUACGUUUUAAAUGGUGAACUCUCUUGUCAGUUGUAUCAACGUUCUGGAGAUAUGGGGCUGGGAGUACCGUUCAACAUAGCUAGUUACUCACUUCUUACUUCAAUGAUUGCCCAUGUUACAGGCUUGAAGCCUGGUGAGUUCAUACAUACAUUAGGAGAUGCUCAUAUAUAUUUAAACCAUAUUGAACCCUUGAAAAUACAGCUUCAGAGGCAACCAAGACCUUUUCCCAAGCUCAAAAUUCUUCGUAAAGUUGAAAACAUCAAUGACUUCAGAGCAGAUGACUUUGAGAUAGAAGAUUAUCAUCCACACCCAGCUAUUAAAAUGGAAAUGGCUGUCUAAUGAACUUUUUCUGAGACUGUCUUAAUGUUCAGCCUGGAGUUAAUGCUUUUAAAUAUAAUUAGCAUUCAAAUCAUUCAAAAGGUCAAAAACAUAGUUCCUCAGUUUUCAUAUGACGCUUGAAUCUGAAGUAGACUGUUAUAGAUGCAUCAUGCACAGGGAAUAUAAAGGGUUUCUGUAGUUCUGAAUUAUCCAAUGAAUCAUAUGUGCUGUUAUAAAUGUUAUCUGAAAUCUUAAGGGAAAGAUGUACUUCACCAUUUUUUUAAGUUAACCUGGCAAAAUUCCAGUAAGAACACUGUAGAAUAGAAAAUGCAACAAACAUAGCUUGGGGGAAUAGUAGUCAGCAAUUUUUAAAUGAAGUAGACUAAUUGUAUAAAUGUUUUCAGAAAUGGUUGAAUCUAUGCUAGAGAACUACCCAGAAUAUUAGUUUUACAAAGCUAUCCCAUAUACACUUAUGCAAAAGAUUAUCUGAGCUGUAAGAUCUGGGGUAGGAAUGAAUGGUUCCUGUACUACCUAGCAGCUACAUUUUUCUCUAAGGAUCUAUUCUCACUAGAGUGAAGGCAGAUGAAUCCUCUAGUCUUUUUCUUGCCUUUUAUUAAUCUGUUCUUUCUCCCCAUUUAUAAUAAAUAUGCCUGGCACACCGAGUUAAUUUAUCCUAUUUAACUAAUAUUGUCUCAUGAAUACUAUAGCUAUGACUAGCCUAGAUCCUAGAUAUGUUGGCGAUUAGCCAAGCCUUGAGGCAACUUGAUUUUGGGAGAUCCCAAAAUGCUCUCUGUAUCCUGAGAUCUUCCAUUAUCAAAAUACGUUCCCCAAGACUAACAGCUGGCUGUUGGCUGAGCCACAAACUCUGUGAUUCUGUGCAUUUCCCUGCAAUUUGUAAGAAAUGAUCUUUAACUCAUUUUCUGCUACAGACUGGCAGGACCUUAAUCUCAUCUGCAUUUCCAUUGUAAAUUUAAACUAGACCUACAUUUAUUUUGAACUGUAAGAAAACACUGGAAUGAUGUGAUGUCUAUUGACACUUAAUAUCCUCACUAACACCUUCCCUUGGUACCUACCAGGUUCUGAUUUAUGUUAGGUAUUUAAAAGAAAUUUAGGCAUCUGGCAUACUAUAAAACCCAAGUUCCAGCAUUUUUUAUUUACAGGAAUGAGUGUGACCUCAACCUCAAAUACAGUAACCUUAUAAAGUAAGAAUAAUGGGGGUUAUUUAGAACUCACUACUGUGGAAAUUAUAGAUUUGGGUGACAGAUAGGAAGAGCAAUAGUGAUGGGGGUGAAGCCCAAUCUCACAAGUUUCCCAUUCAGGAAAUGGGUAUUUCUGUUACUGAUCACCCCACCAACCAGACCAUGCCUUCCCAUUUUGUGAAAGAAUUCAAGUUACAAGUGUGCCCUCUAGCUUGAAAUGUCAUCUGUUGCAGAUUUCCCCAUUAGUAUUCUCUAAAGAACUAUUUUCUGAUUAGAAGAGCAGAUUGUUUUCACUUUUGUCUUCAAAAACUUGAUGUCUGUUUUAAUAUCUGUACAACCUACCACUGCUGUCAUCUACCCAAAUUUGACCCAACUGCCGAU